GGUGGUCAACGUAUUGCUACUGUUCUUAUGUAUCUGUCAGAUGUUGAAGAAGGUGGCGAGACUGUCUUUCCUGCUGCGAGGGCAAAUUUUAGUUCUGUCCCUUGGUGGGAUGAUUUGUCUGAAUGCGGUAAAAAGGGUCUCUCUGUGAAACCCAAAAUGGGUGAUGCUCUGCUUUUCUGGAGCAUGAGACCAGAUGCCUCACUAGACCCUGCAAGUUUACAUGGGGAAACAAAUGGUCUUCAACGAAAUGGAUGCAUCUUGAGGAGUACAAGGUCUAAGACACUACCUGUACGGGUACAUCUUGAGAUCAACAGGAAAAUAGGAUUCACGUAUAUUCCUAGCUAG